AUGGGGCCUGGGCGGGCAGAGGAGGGGCUGCACCAAGAGCAGGAAAGAGCCAGCCUGGGCCGGGAAGGCGGCCAGAGCUUGAGGCGGAGCCCUGACCUGGUGGUCCAUGAGCAACCUCCCAGCAGGGAGAAGCCCUUCAGGUGCUUGGAAUGUGGGAAGAGCUUCAGGAGGAGCACCACCCUCCUCACCCACCAGCACAUCCACACUGGGGAACGACCCUACCCAUGUGGGGAAUGUGGGAAGAGCUUCAGGCAAAGCUCCAAGCUUAUCCAACACCAGCGCAUCCACAGUGGGGAAUGGCCCUACACAUGUAGAGAAUGUGGGAAGGGCUUCAGUGACAGGUUCACUCAACGCACCCACCAGCGCAUCCACACUGGGGAACGUCCCUACAAGUGUGGGGAAUGUGGGAAGAGCUUCAACUGCAGCUCCAACCUCCUCACCCACCAGUGCAUCCACACUGGAGAACGUCCCUACACGUGUGGGGAAUGUGGGAAGAGUUUCAGGCACAGCUCCACCCUCCACUCCCACAAGCACAUCCACACUGGGGAACUACCCUACACGUGUGGGGAAUGUGGGAAGAGCUUCAGGAACAGCUCACACCUCCAUAUCCACCAGCACAUCCACACUGGGGAGCGGCCCUACACGUGUGGGGAAUGUGGGAAGAGCUUCAGUGACAGCUCCAAUCUUCACGCCCACCAACGCAUCCACACCGGAGAACAGCCUUACACUUGUGGGAAAUGUGGGAAGAAGUUUCAGACCAGCUCUCAUCUUCUCAGGCAUGAGCGGACACACACGGAUGAGAGGCCCUUCCGCUGCACCGACUGCGGGAAGGGCUUCAAGCAGAAUGCUCACCUCGUCACCCACCAGCGCAUCCACACCAGGGAGAGGCCCUACAAGUGUGGGGGGUGUGGGAAGAGCUUCACCCACAGCUCUACCUUGACCAAACACCAACGGACCCACUGCUAAGGGAAGCCCUGUGAGUGCCCCGACUGCAGGAAGAGCUUCGGCCGUAGGACUGACACACAAAAAAGGUUUCAAAAGGUCUUCAGGAUUUUGAGUAUCUGCACUCCAACAUCAGUUUAUUCUUUUGAAUAUGUGUAACUUUAACAUCAUUUUA